ACCGAGCAACACCUCUUACUGAGUUGACUAGCUAAUAACUUUUUUUCUGGUUGAAGUGCUUUGACAGAGCCAGGAAAUGGCUGAUUGGAUACAGUCAGCAUUGCUGACGGUCCAUGGCCGACUUCCUGACGAAUCCCAUCAUCGUCGAUCUCGGAGAAAAGGGAGAUCAGAUGAUAAACCCUUCGACCAAAUCCUGACCAGUGCAGCACAACAUGAGGGUGAGAGUGAAGGAAGUGGCAGUAAUCCCUUUACCUCCAGCACAAAGAAUUCAGGAGUUUCUAGACGAGGCAAAAAGGGUGGCAGGAGCCGUGCACAUGCCUACUCUGAGACACCAAUGGAGCCAACACAUGCAUACAGUAAGCAAUACCGCGACAUGAAUAACACGCAGCACAAGAUGGCCGUCAAGAUGGCCGACCACCUGGAUAUUCACCUGCAGCAGCAGCAGCAGCAGCAGCAGCAGCAGCACCUGUCCGACAGUGACGCAGAGCCCACCGGCUGCUUGGGAGCUGCCCAGAGAAUGCUGAGUGGAUGCUACACCUCGCGGAGGACUGAGCAGAGGAUCAGGGCGCAAGCGGAUCAGAGGUACUAUGAGUUCUGACGGAUGGAGGAGGAGGAGAAACGCAGGGAGCUGCAGAGACAGAUGGACCUGAUCAGCCAAGAUGGCCGGAGGCAGAUACAAGAGGUGGUAAAGAAAUAUGAGAAGAUGAGGAAACUAGACGAACUGAAACAAAGAAAGCUGCAAAGACUGACCGAGGUGGUGCGGCAGGAGUGGGCCAAGACAGUCGCCUCGCAGACCUGGAGACUGACCGAGGAGGAGGUGAAGGAGCUGAAGAGGCUGCGAAAACAGGAGGCCGCUCUUCAUCUUAAGAUCCAGAGGCUGCGGGAGAAGGAGGCCAUGUCGGAGACAGGGACCUGCACGGAGAGUGAGGACAUGAGUGGGGAUGAGAGAGGGCAGCAGCAGAAGCAGAGGGAGAAGGACAGAUGGCCCCACCUGGAGCAGCAACAGCUGGACAUGAGGAGCUCCGAGACUCUCAGCAAGCCACACCAGUAUGGAAGCACAGGAAGUCCAGUGAAUUGGCUGUGGAGGGAGGAGAUUGAGCAAUUCCGGAGGCUCCGAAAACAGCUGGAUUCUAUACUUUUAAAGAUCAAGAAACUGGAAGACAAGGAGACCAAACCCAGGAAUGAGGCAGAUAAGUUGCGUCUGGAAGGCAAUGGACGGCAGGUAAUACCAGGAAGCAGUGAGACAAGCAGAUCCAAGAUAAGCAACCUCAAGAUGGAACAAAGCAGAGAGGCCGUGGCAGAGACAGGCAGAAUGGCUCAACUGGAGAAAGUCACAGAGAUGGAGAGACAGAGAGACCAAGAGAGAUGGAGAGAGAUGGAGAGAAUGAGGGAGAUAGAGAAGAGAAGAGCGAGAGAGCUGGAGGAGGAAUGGUCCAGGCGACUGGAGGGGCUGAAACGCCAAAAGGCAGAGAUAAAGAAAGACAUGGAAAAAGAGUGGUCUGAGAGAACCCUAGAGAAAGAGAAAGAGAAAGAACUUGAAGAAAAAGUGAAGAGGAUGGAGAUGGAGAGAGAGAGAGCUGUGGAAAAAGAAAGACAGCUGGAGAUGCAAGAACAAGAACUCAAAGCACCUGAAGGAAAGAGAGAGCGAGAUGGAGAGAAAGCGCCAGCAGGACAGGGAGGCCAGGCUACUGGAGAUGGACCGUCUGAUAGAAAAAGACAGAGGGAUCUCUCAGAGGAGAGAGGAGGCCUUACAGAAAAUGGAGGCACUGAGACACACAGAGACACAAAUGGAAAAAGACAGACACCUGGAUAUGCAGACUGAGCUGAA